GUGCCUCAGAGCUGGGCAGCUGGGCUACCGGAAGGCGCAGGCAGAGUACUGCAGAAGACAACUCGGGGCAUCUGGAUGCGAGUUUGGGUGAGCAGCGGUAGGCAUGCUGCGUCCCAAGGCUCUGACGCAGGUGCUAAGCCAAGCCAACACUGGAGGAGUCCAAAGCACCCUGCUGUUGAAUAAUGAGGGAUCAUUGUUGGCCUAUUCGGGUUACGGGGACACAGAUGCCCGGGUCACUGCCGCCAUCGCCAGUAACAUCUGGGCUGCUUAUGACCGGAACGGGAACCAAGCAUUUAAUGAAGACAAUCUCAAAUUCAUCCUUAUGGACUGCAUGGAGGGCCGUGUAGCCAUCACCCGGGUAGCCAACCUUCUGCUAUGUAUGUAUGCCAAGGAGACUGUGGGCUUCGGAAUGCUCAAGGCGAAGGCCCAGGCUUUGGUGCAGUACCUGGAGGAGCCACUCACCCAAGUAGCAGCAUCAUAAUAGUGUUGAUAGGAGCCAGAUAAGAAAAGAACUGGAUAAUGGGAGGGGUGGGGUGCUGGAGAAACCUGGCUGAGUGAAGGAGGGUAGGACUUUUGCUUUUUUUCAGAAUAAAAUUCAACUCCUGCCUCGUG